AGUUCAUGGGUAGUUCUAUGGGUAGUUCAGUAUGUAGUUCAGUCUGGUUUUAAUGUAUUCUUUUUUUAAUUUAAUUUAAAUUAGUGUUUUUAUUUUUAUAUGAAAGGAGCCCCUAAAUCUCCCAAUGGAAGAAAAUGUAUCUAAUCCAACGUCUAAACACAUAGAGACAUUGUAUUCAUUUAAUACAACAUAUGGUGCAGAUUCGGUAGAAUGGUGCCCCCAUGUGCAGUAUCAAAAUUUUUUUGUUUGUGGAAAUUACGAAUUAGACGAGACUAAUACAGAGUCUGUUCAGAAAAGAUUAGGAUGUAUAUACUUGUUUUCAGUAAAUUGUGACACAGGUUUAAAGUUACACCAACAAGUAAACACUGUUGGGAUUUUGGACUUGAAAUGGUGUCCCAAUCUGGUUCAGGGAUCUUCUUUGUUAGGUGCUGUUAAUUCAGAUGGUAUAUUAGAAAUUUACCAGUUUGAAAAAGAGUCACUUAACCUUUUAACUAAAUAUGUGUUUAAUCCCAAUACUAUUGAAAGUAUUUUAAUAUUAUCAUUAGACUGGUCUACAGGCAAAUACGAAAACGAUCAACCCCUUAUAUCAUGCAGCGAUUCUGCAGGAAAUAUCCAUGUGUUGCAUUUUAAUACAACCAAUUUAACUGUUGAAAGUUUUUGGCAUGGCCAUACUUUUCAAGCAUGGAUAACAGCAUUUUAUUACUGGGACACUAAUUCUAUUUUAAGUGGUGGUGAUGAUGCACUCUUUUUAGUGUUUGAUAAAAGAAUUAAAGAUAUGCCAGUAACAAAGAAUAAAGAACAUGGAGCAGGUGUUACUUCUUUACAUUCAAAUAAAUCAAAAGAAUAUGUUAUUGCCAGUGGAAGCUAUGAUGAGAACAUUAGACUUUGGGAUAUUAGGCAUAUGAAAAGAUCGACAGAUAUUUUUAAAAUGCCUGGAACAUUAUGGCGUUUGAAGUGGGAUCCUUUUGUUCAAAAUUUUUUAUUAGCUGCCUGUAUGUUGGGAGGUGUGCAUAUUGUUAGUGCUUUGACUAAUCAUCCAAUGGGGAUUGUAGAAAGUUAUUAUGAACACAAAAAUAUUUCUUACGGUGCUGACUGGUCAUUUCUCGACAAGAACGAAGUAGAAAAAUUUAACUCUGCUGGAAAUGUGGUUAUUGGAACAUGUUCAUUUUAUGACAAAUUACUAUGUAUAUCAAAGACAUAUUGUGAUUUCUAAUUAUAAGUACAUAGUUUUUAAGGGAAAAAUAAAAAUCAAGUGAUAUAAAAAUAUUUAUUGUAUAAAAAAAUUUACUAAAACUAGUUAACAAAAAAUAUAUGCAGUGUUGCAAAA